AUGCGGGGCGAGCGCUGCCUUGCGCUGGCCGCGCUUGCAGCGCUGCUCGCGUUUGGGUGCUGUUCGGCCGAAAUGGAACUCACCACCGCUGCUGUGUUUGAUCCAUCGAAACGUGGUAAUAUGAUGUACGGUGAUGCCUGUUCUACGGUUAUGGAGUGCGGCUUUCCGGAGUCAAUUUGUGAUGAAGUACAAAAGAUCUGCCGUUGUCAUUCUGACUAUCCUGUUACCAACCAUGUGGACAAGUGUGGUAAACCGGCUGGGGUAAACGAAACGUGUAUCUUCAAUGAACAAUGCGAGGAAAUGGUGUUCAAAACUGAGUGCAGAAACGAUCGUUGUGUUUGCAAGUAUGAAAUGGUUGCGGAAAUGACUUCAGAUGGUGGUGUUGUUUGUAACCCGGUCAAGCAAAUUGAGGAGUCCACGCAGACACUGGAUCCGGCUAUGAUCGGUGUUUUGGUUGGAAUGGCUCUAAUGUUUGUCAUCAUCUGCGUGGUCCUACGUUUGUUUAGCAGAGCUAGAUGGCGGGAGAAUCGCACUAUAUUCAACACACCCAAUCCUCGACUCAUGAACGUAUCUCUGUUACGUGACUCAAAGCUACUUCAUGCUCAGGAUCGUCGCGGCUCCCGUGUUAGCAUGCGCCCUCCAUCACGACAAGCCAGUCAACAGGAACUUAGACCACAUUCACCAAUUCCUGCAGCACGACAUCACCAAAGCCAUCAGCUACACCGAAAGACCUCAGGUUCCCGUCGUGGAUCCAGAGCUAGUAGUGGACAUUCGGCCACAUCUUUGAGAUCAGCAAUCUUAAGGUCGCCAACAGCCGCUGGACCAGCAUCUGUGACCGUCGAGAUUCGUGCACCAGAUGCUUAA